UGGCAUUCACCUUCAUCCCAGGAGAUGGAUUCCUUUAUGUCUUCCUCCAGCCAGCCGGGACCACAUAGCCAUCCAGAUCAACAGCUGUAUAUCUUAACUUGGCAGGACCUCUGUGAAUCUCCUUCUCCAUGGGUGAAGCCUUUUCUUAUCCCCGCUCCUACUCCUCCUCCCACGAUUCUAUCUCUCAAACCCUCUGCUCCUUCUCCACCCUUUGUUCUCCCUGAGUCUCAAGAUUUGACUCUGCUGGACUCUCCUCCCUUUCCUUAUCCCCUGCCUUCAUUCCCCAACACCCAACACACUGUAAGUGAUUCCCCUGCUGCUGACUCAGCUUCUCCACCACUGGAGGAGGCUAAGCCGGCCCAGUGCCCUCCAGAUGACUCCCCCACGGCACACACAGCCCCUCCUCCCUUGGAGGAAGCUGGCCCGGCUAAAGGAACUCGCCGGCAGUGAAUGAUUAAAAACCCUGAAGCCCCCAUGAUACUUCCCCUCCAUCCUUAUGGGCCAAUGAUAGAGGAUGGUCAUGGUGGAGAAAUGCAAGCCUACCAGUAUUGGCCUUUCUCCUCUUCAGAUCUAUAUAACUGGAAAAACAACAAUCCCCCUUUUUCCGAGGACCCCACCCGGCUCACAGGUCUGAUUGAGUCAUUGAUGUUUUCACAACAACCUACUUGGGAUGACUGCCAACAACUCCUAGGCACUAUCUUCAUGACAGAGGAAGAAGAGAGAAUCCUCCUGGAAGCAAGAAAAAAAUAUCCUUGGACCAGAUGGGUGACCGACACAACUUCCCAACAUAAUCGAAGCCGACUUCCCCUUGAACUGACCCAACUGGGACCCCAACACCUUUGAAGGUAGGGAGCAUCUGUCCACUUAUUGCCGGGCUCUAAUAGCGGGUCUCCGAGCAGCCACUAGACGGCCAACUAAUUUGGCCAAGGUAAGAGAGAUUAUUCAAGGGCCUGAUAAAUUUCCAUCUAUGU